AUGUCUUCCGCCGUUCUGGCUCGCGUUGCGCGAGCAAGUCUGUACAACACUCAGGCCUGCCGUGUGCGCCCGGUGCGCGCCCUCCAGAUCGCGCAGCUCAAGCCGGCCACCRCGGCCUUUUCCUCCGCCAGCAGGAGAAUGGCGGGCGACCCCGAUCCGCACGACCCACACCACGAGGAGAGCUUCGAGGAGUUCAGCGCGAGGUACGAGAAGGAGUUUGAGCAGGUGCAGGACGUGUUCGAGCUGCAGCGCAACCUCAACAACGCUUUUGCCUACGAUUUGGUCCCUUCACCUUCCGUCAUCAUCGCCGCACUUCGGGCUGCCCGCCGAGUGAACGACUUCCCCACCGCUGUCCGAGUAUUUGAGGGUAUCAAGGCCAAGGUUGAGAACAAGGGUCAAUAUGAUGAGUACGUCAGGGAGCUGGAGCCAAUCCGGGAAGAGCUUGGAAUCAACUUGAAGGAGAACUUGUACCCGGAUGAGUCGUAG